AUACAAAAAUUUGAUUCAAAUAACGCCGUGCAGAUCGAUUAUCCAUUUGCUGCUUCAAAAGAUGGGAUUACACUGUGGGGUUCUUGUAAUGGCUUAGUUUGUAUUUCCUCUUAUGAAGAUCCUGAUGUCUUGUAUGUCUGGAAUCCGUCCACUAGACAGUAUAAGAAAGUGCCAACUGCACCAAUAGAAGGUCCACCUUUAUUUGUUUGGCAUGAAAUUUUCCCUGGGAUUAAUAUUGUUGGUGACAUCUCAUAUGGGUUUGGUUAUGAUUCUAAGAUUGAUGACUAUAAGUUGGUUAGAAUUGUGGGUUUUCCUGGUGAUUAUGGCUGUGAAGUUCGGGUUUACACAUUAGGAAAAAAUUCAUGGACAGAAGCUAGUUUUCUACCUUUUCGUCUUUGUUAUCUAAGAACAGCUGGUGUGCUUUCUAAUGAAAAUAUUCACUGGGUAAUAACUCCACCUCAAGGAGGUUUAGUAAUUCUUUCUUUUGAUAUUCACAAUGAGACAAUUAACCAAGUGCUGGCACCUAAAUCGUUGAGUAAUGAGCUUGCUAUUUCUAUUUGUGUAUUUGAUGGUUUCAUUUGCUUGCUUGGUAAGACUGAUGAGGUUCAUGUGGAGGUUUGGGUGAUGAAAGAAUAUGGAGUAAUUGAAUCUUGGACUAAAAUAGUUACAAUUUUGCAACCUGAUGUUGUACAAUCCUUUUGGCAUGUGAGGCCGUUAAAGUGGUUCAAGAAUCUUCAGAUUCUGCUAGAGAAGGAUGAAAGUAGUCUGCUUUUAUAUGACCCGGAAUCUCAUAAGGCUAGAGAUCUUACAGUUAAUGGUGUUUCGAAAUGGCUAUAUGCGGAGAUUUUCGUGAAGAGUUUAGUUGUGGUUAACUCGGAUACUGUUAUAGUUGGACAAAAACAAAAGGAGGAAGCAACAAAAAACAUGGACAGGGGUGAAAAGGAACGGAAGAAGAAGAACACUAAUGAUACUAAUAAGAAGAAAAAGGCGAAAAGUGGUGUUCUAUUUUACGGCAUGUUAUGAAUGGUGCAGUUAGAUUAUAGAAAUGAGGUAAAGCAUUUUUAAGUUUUAAUGUUAUGUGUAUAUUUUUGAAUCUGCUGUUUAACUUUGAGCACCUUUUAAUCUCUUGUGCCGUUUACUCAUGCAAGUUUUCUUUCCGACAACCCUUAAAUAGUUGUCUUGUAUGACAUGAA